AGGAGUUCUUAUGUUUGGUCCUUCUGGCACAGGUUAAACACUCUUGGCGAAAGCUGUUGCUACAUAGUGUGGGACAACAUUUCUGAAUGUUUCUUGUUCUUCCAUGUGUGCAAAAUGUACGGUGAGAGUGAACGAUUGGUACGGUGCUUGUUUGAUCUUGCCCGUGCUCGUGCUCCAAGUACAAUUUUCAUUGAUGAGAUUGAUUCUCUUUGCAGGGCCAGAGGGGCUUCUGGAGAGCAUGAAAUAUCCCGAAGAGUGAAGUCUAAACUUCUAGUUCAGAUCGAAGGGUUAAACAACUCCACUAAUAAUACUGCAGGCAAACCGAUCUUGCUUGAGGGUCUCAAUCGUGGUUUAACAAUUUUCAUUGACUGGUCCAUUUCUUGUGUAAAUUUGCAGAAAUGGUGCAAAGCAUGUGUCUUGCCUGAGGGUCUCAAUCGUGGUUUACCAAAGUUAGGCAUUGGGCGAAGUCGAGGGAUCAACAGCGAACAUAAUACGAAUAUGAAACAAGCUAAUGGAACACAAAAUUUACAAAGCAAGCCAUGUGGAAGUUUGGACUUCUGAAUUUUCAUGUGGCUGCAUAAAUCAUUGUACGACUUCUCAGUGAUGGCCGUUGCAAUCUUUGGUUUGGAAUAUCUAAAUGAAUUGCCUGAAUUAGGAGUUCCAUUGUAUCUAUGUAGCUUAAUGUAUUUACAGAGGUUGAAAAGAGCCUCCUAAUUUAUCCCGCAACUUUUCAAAUUUUUUUCAAUCAUGUUCCACUGGAAACUGAUGUACUACAAUUUUCUCAAUGAUCCGUACAAUUAGUUGACUAUAUUCCCAAUCUCUGAAAAUGUGGGCCCAAAUGAGCUUCACCUGCUAGGAAAUAAUUGGCUGGUAAAUACAAGUUCAAAUUUCUUUUCCACAGCACCUUUGGGGUCGUUUGGUUAGAAAGAUAUUAG